AUGAAUUGUUUUCCGUUCAACAUCUACCGUGGAGAAAAGAAAGGUGAUGCUAAGAGCUUGCAGACAUUAUCGGGUCUGUCAAACAAUUCUACUUAUGGUGGGAGUGACGUGAGAAGAACUGGUUCUGAAUUAAAUUCUCUGGAUGCGUCAUCAGACAAUAGCUCGGACUCCCUCAGGAGGAAUGCGUUUCCUAAUUUGUCCCAAAGACCUAGCAACCUGAGAGUAUUUGCUGUGUCUGAACUGAAGUCAGCCACCAAGAAUUUCGGUCGUUCUGUUAUGCUUGGUGAGGGCGGAUUUGGGUGUGUCUACAAGGGAGUGAUCAAGACUUUAGAUGACCCCCCUAGUAAAAUUGAAGUUGCGGUUAAACAACUUGGUAAAAGAGGAAUUCAGGGGCAUAAAGAAUGGGUAACUGAAGUGAAUGUUCUAGGUAUUGUUGAGCAUCCCAAUCUUGUGAAACUAGUGGGAUAUUGUGCUGAUGAUGAUGAAAGGGGAAUCCAGCGGCUUUUGAUAUACCAGUAUAUGCCCAAUGGAAGCGUGGAACACCAUUUAUCGCCACGAUCCGAAACUCCUCUCUCGUGGAGUAGGAGACUGAAAAUAGCCCAAGACGCUGCUCGCGGCUUAACAUACCUGCACGAGGAAAUGGAUUUUCAGAUAAUUUUCAGAGAUUCCAAAUCUUCAAAUAUCCUUCUGGACGAGCAGUGGAAUGCAAAGCUUUCAGAUUUUGGAUUAGCAAGAUUGGGACCAUCUGAUGGGUUAACUCAUGUCUCAAUAGCGGUUGUUGGAACAAUGGGCUAUGCAGCUCCCGAAUAUAUUCAAACAUGA